AUGGAAACAUUAUCGCUACGCCAGUUGGAAGCCAGAUUGGAUAGAGAUAUCCAAGAUGCCGGCGAUGCUUAUGGUUUUAAUCAUGCUGAGUUCUGUUCUGGCACGAUUAAGUUUGGAGACCAACCUGGCAAGACGCUCAUGUGGUUCGGUGAUUACAAGGGAGACCGCUUCGAAAAACUUGAUAUGGGGUUCAGACAGAGAUGCAUACUUGACCGAGUAACUGACGACUGCGAAGACCUUCGGAAGUUCGACGCGUUACAUCAUGCGUAUAACACUUGGCGGGAUGCGAAGGAAUCGCCAUUGACAGAGAAAGUGUGGUUCGGGGAGUAUCCCCUCAAGCGCGUCAUUUGGCGGCAAAAGGCUAAGUGGGAAUUUCGAUUGGAACACGCCAAUGAAGAGAAUGUAAGAGGCAUGGUAGAGAUCAAAGAGAGGUAUCUGCGAUGGCGAGUUCUGCAACAACCACGAAUUGAGCCAACUAGCACUUCUCGAGUGACCCUGAAUAAGAUGGGCAGGAUACUAGGGCCAAUCGACGACGUACCUCCAUCGGAUGACGAUAAAUAUGAUUCGGAUUUUGUCGACAAAGAUAGUGAGCCUGAUCCGGACAGUAGCUUUCGCCCAAAUUCGGAAGAAGAGGAUCAAACGGCUUCGAGCUCCUGCGACAAGAUUCCAAACAUCGACCACGACCUCGAAGAUAAUCACAUCGAUCCCCAUCCAAGUUCCUCUAUGGAGACGGUGCCAUUGAUCAGAGAUGUCAAGCGGAGGAAAAUUGCCAUCAAACAAACACAAUCGCCCAGCGCCAGCACCCGCACAGCUUUAGGAAAUUCGUCCGGCAACGUUCGUGCCUCGUCCUCGAAACCGCGGCACUCGAAGGCUGGACCUAAAGAGAAAGGAAAGAGGCUCGCACAAUCCAAUACGCUGAAACAAAUUUGCAGGAUAACCUCGUCCGGUCGAGAAAUACACCGUCCAAAGGGACAAACCAGCAUUUUCCAAGGCGCGGACUUUGACGGACCCUUUUCAUCAUCACCCCUCUCGGUCUUAAGUCAAGCGUCUGUUCGCGAGCAGCCCAGAAAGUUGGAGUCAAAAGUCCUGUCUCAAGCACCCAACUCUCCUUCAUCGCAAGAGGUGUUAGCAGUGGACAUUCGCUGGAGAGCUCGACAGAAAGCGUUGUGA